AUGGUCAGCCCAGCAUACUACGCAGACGGAAGACGAUAUAGCCGCGUCGACCCGACAUACGUCUACCCGGAACGGCAGCAACGACAUCACUCGCAUUCUUCUGAAGCGCGGACAUCUAAUAUGACGGAGCGAGAGACUGACACGGAUACACCCCCCCGCAAGCGUAUUGCCGUUGCUUGUGGCCGUUGCCGGAAGCGCAAGAUUCGCUGCAGCGGAGAUACGGGCAACGGACUUCCAUGCCAGAACUGCAAGGCCGCCGGCGCCGAAUCCUGCAUGUUCUUACGAGUCGCCUCAACAGAAGCUCCCUGGGUAUCUACAGAUCAAACAUUCACAUACGAUCUCAAAGCCGCAAGAGUAUACGCCCACACCGCCAUGGCCUCACCCCUGAACUCGUCCCCGCCUCACCACUACACUUCCGACAUCCACGACGGCCUUCCCCGCUACUCAUCAACAUCAGCCAGCUACUACGGCGGAAAAUACUACGCCUCGCCCGCGACUAUGCCGAGUUGGUCUGCCACGCCGGGCUACUCAGAGGACGCCGUGGACUACAGCCCCGCCGCGGUGGCCUCCAUGGGAUACCCGUACUCUUACCAGCAGCCCUCGGACACGAGCUAUUACUACCGCGUAAACCCCACCGCAAAGGUCGCCGCAGCGGCACCAAGCGCGGGUGACUUAUACGUCAACACGGCGGACGCCGUAGCAGCGGCGGGAUACGCCUAUGGCAGCAACGCCGGCACCGUCACCCAGCUUCCUCACCGGCCCGCUACAAACGUGGCAGCGGCAGCAGCAGCAGCAGCCGCGGUGCAGCAGAGCGAGGGCCAGAAUUUCUCCUUCACCGGCGUCGCCGCUUCUUUGCCCCCCGCCGGUGGCGACCGUCGACUACCCGACCCGGCUACGCGCCAACCCGUCGCCAACGCAAACGUCCUAGCCUACCGUACAGAAGGCGCCGCUGCUGCUACAUCCUCAACGGCAUCGGCGUCGACAAAGUCCUCAGGUAGCCCGACGUCUCAGCCAUCCCCAAUCUCAGACGUGACGACAAGCUACACAACUUCGGGCCCCAGCGGAUCAGGAAGCUUCGAGACGUCGCCCGUAUCAGCGUACCCUCCGCCAUCGCACACCGUUCCGUCUAUGACGCAUCAGCAGCAGCGUAUCUCCAACGCUGAGAUGGCAGGAUACCCGCCCUCCACGACCACGAGCGGCGGCAAUGAGCCCAUCUUCAGUGCUUCGGAAUCGAGUCUCCGGUCCGCGUCUGAUUCCGACUUAAGCUACAAGUACACAGACUCUUCCACUGCACCGUCAGGGGUAGGCAGGGACGGCAGCGGUCGUCGCGGAAGCGGCGAGACCACGAGUUCCACUUCCUCUUCGUCGUCCACCACGCCUGUGGGCGGAGGCGGCUCGCUCUCCAACGGGCAGCAGUAUACAGUCACCACGCCGUCGCCGGGCAUGUACGCCUCCGUGGGUCACCAUGGACGGCAUCAUAUCGGGCAGUACAUGCUCUCCGAGGAGGUCGCGGCCGAGCAGCACCAUCACCAGCAUCAUCACGAUCAUCACCAUGGUCACGGUCAUAGCCACCACCACAGCAGUCAUCAUCACCACUCGGGUCGCAGGUCUGCGGGUGGCUUGUCCGCUUCCUAG